AUAAGAGCCAUUUUGUGUUAGACUGAAGAAACACUGUCUGUCAGCGCAUCCCCACAUCCAUUAACCCCUCCCUCAGCUUCCUGACGCACCACUGCGUACCAGGCCCUGCAAAACCAGACUCCCUCAGUCUGAUGGUCUUGCCAGGGGGGGCUCCACCUGCAUUGUUGGUGCUGAGCUAGGGAGAGGCUCAGAGUCUAUAGGAAAAAAAUAAAACAACUGGGUGAGGAAGAAGACGGCGGAUGGAAGCAGACUUGAUGGAAUAACCCACUGCUGUCCGCAAUCUCAACAGGAUAUUGCCAUCAGGAAUCAAGUGGCAGUCGGCCUCUGAUUCCUGGCUGGGCUUCGUCCCAUCAGAUCCUGUGCAGUAGCAGAUCCCCAGCACUCAGACACCAUGGCAGGUGCCUCGGUGAAAGUAGCCGUGAGGGUCCGUCCCUUCAAUUCACGAGAGAUGGGAAAAGAGAGCAAGUGUAUCAUCCAGAUGUCAGGCAACACUACCACAAUUAUAAACCCAAAACAGCCAAAGGAGAGCAAGAGCUUCAACUUUGACUAUUCGUAUUGGUCACAUACAACGCCAGAAGAUGUGAACUAUGCAUGCCAAAAGCAGGUUUAUAAAGACAUAGGGGAGGAAAUGCUUCUGCAUGCUUUUGAGGGAUACAACGUCUGUAUCUUUGCCUAUGGGCAAACUGGGGCCGGAAAAUCAUAUACAAUGAUGGGCAGGCAAGAGAAAGACCAAGAAGGCAUCAUCCCAUUGCUAUGUGAGGACCUGUUUACCAAGAUCAGUGACAAUAAUGACAACACCAUGUCAUACUCGGUUGAGGUCAGUUACAUGGAGAUCUACUGUGAGCGUGUGCGGGACCUUCUGAACCCAAAGAACAAAGGGAAUCUGCGUGUGCGAGAGCAUCCUCUGAUGGGACCAUAUGUAGAGGACCUAUCAAAACUGGCCGUUACUUCCUACAAUGACAUACAGGACCUGAUGGACUCUGGAAACAAAGCAAGGACUGUGGCGGCCACUAACAUGAAUGAAACCAGCAGCCGUUCUCAUGCUGUGUUCAACAUCAUCUUCACACAGAAACGACAUGAUGGUGACACAGAAAACACAUCUGAAAAGGUCAGCAAAAUCAGCUUGGUAGACUUGGCAGGCAGUGAGAGGGCUGAUUCGACUGGAGCUAAAGGCACUAGACUCAAGGAAGGAGCCAAUAUCAACAAAUCUUUAACAACACUAGGCAAAGUUAUCUCUGCGCUAGCUGAAGUGGACUCUGCACCAAACAAGAACAAGAAGAAGAAGAAAGUUGAGAGCUUUAUUCCAUACAGAGAUUCAGUUCUGACAUGGCUUCUGAGAGAAAACCUCGGAGGAAAUUCGCGCACAGCUAUGGUAGCAGCUCUGAGCCCCGCUGAUAUUAACUAUGAUGAGACACUCAGCACGCUCAGGUAUGCUGACCGAGCCAAGCAGAUCCGCUGCAACGCCGUCAUCAACGAAGACCCCAACAACCGCCUGGUGCGUGAGCUGAAGGACGAGGUGGCACGUCUGAAGGAUCUGCUUUAUGCUCAGGGUCUUGGAGACAUCAUUGAGACAUAUCCGGCACAGGCUCCUGGAAUAUCUGCUCUCAAAUUGACCAAUGCCAUGACAGGGAUGAGCCCCUCGCCCUCUCUCUCUGUCCUGUCCAGCCGAGCUGGCUCCAUCAGCAGCCUGCAUGACCGGAUCAUGUUCAGCCCGGGAAGCGAGGAAGCCAUUGAGAGGCUGAAGGAAACUGAGAAGAUAAUUGCAGAACUCAAUGAAACUUGGGAAGAGAAGCUUCGUCGUACUGAGGCCAUUAGAAUGGAAAGGGAGGCACUUCUGGCUGAAAUGGGUGUGGCGAUGAGGGAAGAUGGAGGAACCGUUGGAGUCUUUUCACCAAAGAAGACACCUCACCUGGUCAACCUCAAUGAAGAUCCACUGAUGUCCGAAUGCUUGUUGUACUACAUUAAAGAUGGAAUCACCAAGGUCGGCCGCGAUGAUGCCAGCAGUCGGCAGGACAUUGUCCUGAGCGGCCACUUCAUUAAAGACGAACACUGUAUCUUCACAAGUACUACAAAUGCAUCGGGAGAGGGUACAGUGAUUCUGGAGCCCUGUGAGGAAGCAGAGACUUACGUCAAUGGGAAGAGAGUGACAGAGCCCACUAUUCUCAGAUCUGGUAACCGUAUCAUUAUGGGCAAAAGCCAUGUGUUCCGUUUCAAUGACCCUGAGCAAGCACGGCAAGAGAGGGAGAGGACCCCAUGUGCAGAAACACCUAUCGAGCCAGUGGACUGGGCCUUUGCCCAAAGAGAACUACUGGAAAAACAAGGCAUUGAUAUGAAACAAGAGAUGGAGCAGAGGUUACAGGAGCUGGAGGACCAGUACCGCAAGGAGAGAGAAGAAGCAAGCAACCUUCUGGAACAGCAGAGACUGGAUUAUGAGAGUAAGCUGGAAGCCCUCCAGAGGCAGGUCGACUCCAGAUAUUACCCAGAAACCACAGAGGAAGAGGAGGAACCAGAAGAGGAAGUGCCGUGGACGAAGCAGGAGACAGAACUGGCCCUCUGGGCUUUCCGGAAAUGGCGAUUCUAUCAGUUCACCUCUCUCAGAGACCUGCUCUGGGGAAAUGCAAUUUUCCUCAAGGAGGCUAAUGCCAUUAGUGUGGAGCUAAAGAAAAAGGUUCAGUUUCAGUUUGUGCUACUAACAGACACACUGUACUCCCCACUGCCUCCUGACCUCCUGCCCCCCAGCAUAGCCCAAGACAGGGAGAAAAGGCUGUUCCCUCGUACCAUCGUAGCAGUAGAGGUUCAGGACCAGAAAAAUGGUGCCACACACUACUGGACCCUGGACAAACUCAGACAAAGACUGGAUUUGAUGAGAGAAAUGUAUGACCGAGCAGCAGAGGUGCCCAGUACUGCAGUCGAGGACUGUGAUCAUAUGAUGUCCGGUGGUGACCCUUUCUAUGACCGUUUUCCAUGGUUCCGUCUGGUUGGUCGCACUCCCAUUUUCAACACGUGCAUGAGCGAGCGCAUGAGUGACCUUACCCUCUCCCCCACCCUCUCCGACCCCGACUCUGACAUAACCGAGCUCGCCGAUGAGCGGCAUUAUGGGAAAGUCGAGGAUGAGUUGGAUGACCUGGACGAUGAGAUCUUUAUGGAGGACCCUGGCUCAGAGCUUGGGAGAGAGGAGGAGGAGGAGGAGGAGGAUGGUGUAGGGGAGCACUGCCCAGGUGUCAGCGAUGGCCAGGACCCCUUUUACGACCGCUGGCCUCUGUUCAGUUUAGUGGGAAGGGCAUUUGUGUAUCUGAGUAAUCUGCUGUACCCUGUGCCAUUAGUGCACCGUGUGGCUAUUGUAAGUGAGAAAGGCGAGGUCAAGGGGUUCCUCCGCGUGGCAGUACAAGCCAUAUCAGCUGAUGAAGAGGCUCCAGAUUAUGGCUCAGGUGUGAGACAAUCAGGAACUGCCAAGAUCUCAUUUGAGGAUCAACAGUUUGAGAAGUUCCAGACAGAAACAUGCACCGGUGGGAUGUCUCACACAAACACAUUUCAAGAGGAGCUGCGCAUUGUAGAAGGAGAAGGACAAAACUCAGAGCUGAGCCUCAGUGCUGAUGAGGUCAACAACAACACCUGUGCAGCCUCUCCCGAUGUUCCUAACAGUCCUCUGAAGGGUGGUCUGGAAUGUCCUCUUGAUGUGACCCAGGAAAAAUCUCUCCAGCAUUUGAAAAUUGGCAGCAAUUUCACCUUCAGGGUCACAGUGCUUCAGGCCUCUAGCAUCUCUGCUGAGUAUGCAGAUAUCUUCUGCCAAUUCAACUUUAUUCACAGGCAUGAUGAGGCAUUUUCCACUGAGCCAUUAAAGAAUACCGGCCGAGGGCCUCCACUGGGAUUCUACCAUGUACAAAAUAUAACCGUGGAGGUCACCAAGUCUUUCGUGGAAUACAUCAAAAGUCAGCCAAUCGUUUUUGAGGUGUUCGGCCACUACCAGAAGCAGCCUUUCCCUCCGCUCUGUAAAGACUUAAUUAGUUCAUUACGCCCAACAAGAAGGCAGUUCCCUAGAGUUAUGCCUUUGUCAAAGCCAGUGCCUGCCACUAAACUGAAUACGCUGACACGCUCAACCGCUGGCCCCUGUCACUGCAAAUAUGACCUUAUGGCAUUCUUUGAGAUCUGUGAACUGGAGGCCAAUGGAGACUACAUCCCAGCUGUUGUUGAUCACAGGGGUGGAAUGCCCUGCCACGGUGCAUUCCUGUUGCACCAGGGCAUCCAAAGAAGAAUUACAGUGACUAUUGCCCAUGAAACUGGCAAUGAUAUUGAGUGGAAGGAGGUUAAAGAGCUCGUCAUAGGGCGUAUCCGUAACACACCCGAGGCAGAUGAAACUAUCAUCGACCCCAACAUCCUGUCCCUCAACAUCCUGUCUUCAGGCUACAUACGACCAUCUUAUGAUGACAGAGUGUCAUUGGGAAUUGACCAUAGGACAUUUUACCGCUUUGAGGCCGCAUGGGACAGCUCCAUGCACAACUCCCUCCUGCUGAAUCGUGUCACUCCAUAUGGAGAGAAAAUUUACAUCACCCUCUCUGCCUAUCUUGAGAUGGAGAACUGCACUCAGCCCACUGUCAUCACUAAGGACUUUUGCAUGGUGUUCUACUCAAGAGAUGCUAAACUUCCUGCAUCACGUUCCAUUCGAAACCUUUUCAGCACUGGUGCCUUUAGGCCCUCUGAGAGUAACCGUGUGACUGGAGUGUAUGAAUUAAGCCUUUGCCAUUUGGCUGACAUUGGCAGUCCUGGUAUGCAAAGGAGGCGCAGACGGGUGCUGGACACCUCAGUGGCGUAUGUGCGUGGAGAGGAGAACCUUGCGGGUUGGAGGCCUCGCAGCGACAGUCUCAUCCUGGACCACCAGUGGGAGCUGGAGAAACUUAGCCUUCUACAAGAGGUGGAGAAGACCAGGCAUUACCUUCUGCUGAGAGAGAAGCUGGAAGCAUCUCUGCUGCUGGGACAGGACUCUUUCUGUGGCAAAGACCUGAUGGACUCACCUAAGGCCUCCAGCCCCAUGAUCAACCCAGUAGUCAGUCUGGGUCUGGACAGUCCCAACGAAAGGCAAAGGGAGCUGGCUGCCAAGUGUGUGCGACUGCUCAUGCACACCUUUAACAGGCAGUACAGCCAGGUGAGCAGCAGUCUUAGUGAGAGCAAGUUGUCAGAGAUGUCUGCAUCACUUUUAAGAGAGAGUUCUUCUUCUGCUCUGAGCACUUUAACACCCUCCUCCACCUGCCCGUCACUGGUGGAUGGUCACUAUGGCAGUCCAGACCUCAGAGGUGCUGAAGCAAACUCUGGUGCUUCUAGCCCUGAUCUGGACCCCUUCAGCCCUAUAGAGAGAAAACCCAGGAGCUGCACCUUCAUCCCGAACAUCCAGGAGAUUCGCAUAAGCCCCAUUGUGUCAAAGAAAGGCUAUCUACACUUUCUCGAGCCACACACCAAUGGCUGGGUGAAGCGGUACAUUGUGGUGCGGCGGCCAUAUGUUUUCCUGUACCGCAGUGAGAAAGACUGCGUGGAGAGAGCCGUCAUCAACCUGUCCUCUGCUCAGGUGGAGUACAGUGAAGAUCAGCAAGUCAUGUUGAGGGCUCCUAACACUUUUGCAGUGUGCACUGAGCACCGCAACAUUCUCCUCCAAGCAGCCAAUGACAAAGAAAUGCACGACUGGCUAUACGCAUUCAACCCACUUCUGGCAGGAACUAUCAGGUCUAAGCUUUCCAGGAGAAAAUCAGGACCGAUGAGGAUGUGAAAGAGUUUUUUUCUCUGGCUGAAACAACAAACAGAUAGCUAACAGGCCGUUGUGAUGUAAUUAGGUCAUGUGAUCAUAAGUGCCCUAUCCCCAUGUCAUCACAGCUGCCUCUUGCCUGCCCAUCCCAGCAUUCCCCACUGUCUGUCCAUGCCAACAAUAGACUGUGGGCCUGGCUUCACAGAGUAUGUGUGUUUAUGUGUGCGUGUCAGCCAUAUUUAGUGUAAAUUUACAACACUGAAAUAUAUUCAGCAUUUCCCGCUAACAUAGCUACAAGCUAGAAUGGCAAAACAGCAUCUUAGACACGGCCCUACUCUUAGUUCAUUUGUAAAUGCAACUCAAUGCUCUGUUUGUGUAUGUGCUUCUGCAGAGUAGAUGUUAAGUGCUUUUACCUGGGCUUCAGUAGUUGCCUCUUGGUUUUGAUCAGUCAUGAUCAUUGUGCUUCUUGAAGGAAUGCAGAGCUUAUUUUGAGGUCACCUUUUAUGCAGUGGACGACAGAAGAUUGCAAUGGAUUUUAGACUAAAAUAUAGGUAAAUGUCCAUUAUUCUGACAAAAAUCAGCAUUGGAAAAUUACAAAGCGUCUACCAUACUGAAGUUUUUGUGUUUUUUAUUUUACUCUGUAAUGUCUUUUUUUACAUUACAUCUUUACGUUUACUUAUUUAUUAAGCAUUGUAUGUUUUAUAAACAUAGUUUUUUAAGAAGUCAUUAUUUGUAGUGUGCUACAAAAUAAUUUUUCACCUUGCACUUUUGAUGAUGAGCUUUAUUUACCAGGUUCAUUUUGGUUAAUUUGCACAAGAGCUCUGCUGCUAAGAGAAUACGCUUCUUUAAUCUUUUUUUAUUUACAACUUUUCAUUAUUUGUGCACAAAAUUGGAGAGCUGUAAUGCAAAAUUACACUAAACGCAAAUACAUCACAUUAUUUCGGUUACAUCACAUAUUUCAAAUAACAUUAUGCACAACAUUUCUGUAGCUUAAUUGCAUCAUUGUUCCUCAUUUGUAACUGCUACGUUCAGCUCAUCCCAGCCUUACAUGUUAUAAUAUAUUGAAUAUCUGUAUUUAGACCUCUUACACAGUGCUUUCUAGUGAAGCAGCAAUAAGAUCAAGUCUUGUAAGAGAAGAUCCAGUUUUAGUGUUCCAAUAUGUAACACAACGUCUUAUAGCUUUUACCAAAUGUUUCAUGAUCACCAAUAUUGUAAUUUUUAUUUAGCUUAGCUAAACGGUUCAUUAUUUUGUUAGAUGUAUUAGUUAUAAUAAGCAUAUACACAUACACCUGGUUUUUGCUCCUCCCUUUGCCUUGAAACUAUGAAGACAGCAUAUACUAAGCAUAGGAAACUGUCAUUACAGUUACAUCUUAAGAGGUAUUACCCAAGGCCGUGUAUUAAUCUCUUUUUUGGCUUGGUUUAAGCUCAUGCUAUUGGUCAGUCAGCCAUUUAGCAUUCUGCUCAUGUUGCUGUUACAGUUAUUAUGAAAGAGGAUUGAUAUUUUGUGCCAUGGGCCAGCCAACCCAAAGAGCACAAUCGUAGCAGCAACAUGUAGUUGUGAACGUAGCCGAAAGAGUACAGCAGUACUGGUCUUUACCUCUCAAAAUGGUUUCUUCAUUAGCAGCUGUAUAAGUAUGCCUUGAUAGACUCUUACAUGGAAUAUGGAUCUGAAAUGUAAAUUAGAGACGGAUGCUUUGGUUUUGGACAAUAUUGACAGUCAUACAGUGCCCUGACGUUUUUUUUAUCCAUUCCUGUCUUUGAUAAUGCUAUAUAUGAUAGCAUGCUGUACAUAUUUAUUCAGCUUUUAAAUUAAGCGUAUCAAAUGUAUCUCAUUUACUUACAUACAGUAUAAGAGUAGCAUUUACAUAAAGAUAAUAUAUUCAUUUGUAUUAUUUGACCAAACUGAAAGAUCACAUUUGACUGAGCAUGUGGUGUUUGCAUUGACAUGGUGCCCUGAAAAACAAAGCAUUCAACUAGACUUUGUCAACAUACAUAUAUAUUGAAGAUAAACAAGAUUUUUAAGGUUUGUAGUUGAUAAAGUGUGUCUCUUUUUCUCUCUUUCACUCUCAAUCAAUCCUUUCUGUUACCACGUCUGUCCGAUCAUCAUUUCAAAUAAACAUGUGUCAUCCAUCCAAAUAUUCAAAAUUAAAAAAAAUGAAGGAACUCAAUAUAAACUAAGUGUACCUACUGUAUUGCAAUUGCUUCAAUAUUUCUGUUGAUUUGCUCUGUAUAUAGACCCAGGUGUGGUCUACCACACUUGGCUGUAACCACUUUAUACCAUAAUGAAUGGGCUGUAGUGUACUCAGUGCUCAAGUUCUUUGAGUGUUGGACCUGUGUCUUCUAAUGUCUGUGGACACUUAACACUUUGUCAGGUGUGAAAUAAAUGUGAAAUAUGCGCAACGUGG